CCCUCCGUGAACUCAAAAGAAGUUGGUACUUGCACGGCUUUUAUUUUGAAACACCGCCAUUGGAGCGGCGCAUGUUUUUCCGUGUUCAGUGGAGUGGAGGAGCAGUGUGUUGUGUGAUUACAGUCUGUUCAUACAAUGGCGGAUGAUGGUCCAGCAGAAGAUUAUCCCACUGAAAUUGAGGAAAACCUGAAUGAUUUUGAGUCCUCUGUGAGCUCUGUCCAGAAUAUGGUCCAAACGUUUGUGUCUGUAUCCAGAAGUGACGGUCUACUUAAACUGGAUCCUCUAGAUCGAGCUAAAUUGGAUUUGAUGUCUGCAUACGCCCUCAACUCAAUGUUCUGGAUGUACCUGGUGACACAAGGAAUCAAUCCGAAAAACCAUGCCAUUAAACAAGAACUGGAUAGGAUCAGGGAAUACAUGAACAAAGUCAAAGAAAUCACGGACAAAAGAAAAGCUGCACGUCUGGACAAGGAUGCGGCGUCGCGGUUUGUUCGGAACGCGUUGUGGGACGCAGAGGACAAGAAAAGAAAAGACUCAACCGAGCAUCCUCGCAGAGGAAAACACAUACGCUUUUCUUGAUUGCUUGAACUGACUGCUGAAACAUUGAAGUUCAUUGAGAAACUGCGUAAGAAGUCUGUCGUUUGCCCGGUGGUGUGUUAUGAUGCUUGAUUGUGACUAGUUUCAAACUAAAGAAGUUGCAGGUAUUUUUUUUUAUUAUUCAGUUGCAUUUGCCUUUUUAUUUCUUUUGAAUCUUGAGUAUGUUUUAUAUCUGGGGUUGCAUGAUAAUACCAGUCCCAUUAAAACUACUAAAUCCUCUCUUUCUCGUCAGCUCAUUUGCAAGUAUUGUCGUCUUAUGAUUCAUCAUUUUUAGAAAGAGAUGAAACGCGUGUCGGUGAAAUCCGGUUGCAGGGAUUCAUUUUUUCUUAGAAA